AUGGAAAAUACUUUACAGGAAAAUCAAACAUCCAUUGCGGAAUUCAUUCUCCUGGGAUUUGGGGAUCUCCCUCAACUGAAGACCCUUCUCUUCCUGCUGUUUCUAGUGAUCUACAUUGUGACGAUGGCUGGGAACAUCCUUAUUGUUGUGCUAAUUGUGACUGAUCAGCAUCUUCAUACCCCCAUGUACUUCUUCCUGGGGAACUUGUCCUGCUUGGAGACCUGCUACACCUCCACCAUCCUUCCCAGGGUGCUGGCCAGUCUCCUGACUGGGGACAGAACCAUUUCUGUUAGAGAUUGCAUUGUACAAUUUUAUAUUUUUGGUUCUCUGGCAGCCACAGAAUGUUGUCUCUUAUCUGUGAUGUCCUAUGAUCGGUAUUUAGCAAUAUGCAAACCGCUGCAUUAUGCAGCCCUUACAAACGGCAGGUUCUGCACCAAACUAGUGGCUGGGUCUUGGAUAGGUGGAUUUAUGUCUGUGGCCAUCAUAAUAUUUAUGAUUUCACAAUUAACAUUCUGUGGUCCCAAUGAAAUUGACCAUUUCUUUUGUGAUUUAAGCCCAAUAAUAAAGCUGUCCUGCAGUGACAUCUGCAUGUUGGAAGUUACAGCUGUCAUUUUCUCCUCAAUGUUCACGCUGCCACCAUUUGCGUUAACCCUGGCAUCCUACGUUCACAUCAUCUCCACAAUCCUGAGAAUCCCAUCCACCAUGGGGAGGCAAAAGGCCUUUUCCACCUGCUCCUCCCACCUCAUUGUGGUGACAAUAUUCUAUGGAACUCUAGUCAUCGUCUACAUGCUACCAAAAAACAAGACGCUGAGAAGCCUCAACAAGAUGUUCUCUGUCUUCUACACAGUGCUGACUCCAAUCGUUAAUCCCCUCAUCUACAGCCUGAGGAACAAAGAGGUGAAGGAGGCCCUGAGGAAAGCUUACAGCAUUGACUUCUAG